AUGGGUGUUUGGGAAGAGGAUUGUUGGAGGUGGGUGAUUAAUACAGGCAUGGCAGUGUUGAGUCAUGCAGCUGCGAAUGAAAAGAGAGAGUUGUUGGAGAUUUUGGAGGGUUGCACUCUCAUUAGAGGAAUGCGAGAUUCGGUGGUAUGGUCUAUGGGGGGAUCAGGUGUGUUUUCGGUAAACUCUUUGUACUUGGAGCUGUUAAAGGUAGAAGAGGCGGUUUCGGAGGAUGUUGACACCUUGGAGGCCUUAAGGAUGGUUUGGAAGGCAAGGGUUCCUUCUAAAGUUAAAAUUUUUGCAUGGCGCAUGUUACUUAACAGAUUGCGAACAAGGGAGCUGUUGGUUGACUUAGGAAUUGUGCAGGAGGAUACUGAGAGAGUGUGUGUAUUCUGUUUGAUGCAUUUGGAGGAGAGGAACCACUUAUUCCUUUCUUGUUCUAUGAUCACAAAGGUUUGGGAUUUGGUGUACCAAUGGUUGGGGAUUAGUUGUCCUCUACGCAAUGAUUGUGCUCCACACUUUGCUGGUUUGUUGUAUAAGUUGCAGGGUCUUUGCAACGUAAACAGAGUUACAGUAUUCUGGCUCGCUACCUGUUGGUGCUUAUGGAAUCAGAGGAACGAUAUUAUUUUUAAGAAUGGUAUUCUGGACGUAGGCGAAGUUGCCGACAAGAUAAAAUUGUAUACUUGGUGGUGGUUGGGGACCGGUUCGAAGAAGAAAGUCAUAUGUAACUGA